UUUAAGUCUCUCCUGUUUUGGGCGACACAACCAAAUGUCACAUCAAAAUAAGUAAAAACAAUUGCGGCAGUAGUGAAUAAUGAAGAGUCAGACAAAUAACUCAAUAAAGUGGAAUUUUUCUAGCUUAUUUAGAAAGUUAUUAUUAACUGUGAUAAUAUUUAUGUAUUUAUUUUAAUAAGAAUCUAUAGUGCACAAAGUUGCUUUUACUUUUAUAUACAUAUGUAUAUACAUAUGUCUUGUUACUUAUAACGGCAAAACCCCUGCAUAUACAUACAUACAUGCGUAUAUUUUUACAUCAUUAAAUCCGCAAAACCAAUUACACUUGUUGCUGUGAUUAAACAUUUAUGAGAUGUGCUUAAAGACAUUGUGCAGAAAACUUUUUAGUUCUUGUCAUCUAUAUAGUAAGGGUGGUUAUAAUGAGGCUUCCUUUUAUGAAUACUCUGAUGCACUGCCCAAAUUUUAUACCGAUGAUGUUGGCGAACUCUAUGAAGGCGUUAGCUUCACCUUUAGUGGAAAAAUUUCAAUUCACUGCGAGAGGUUUUCCAUUAACUUUAUAUACGAUAAUGCGACACGGGAUGUUGCCUUGCACAUUAAUCCCCGUCUUCCUCAGAACUACAUUGUGCGUAACACCAAAGUCCGCGACGUCUGGGGCCGUGAGGAAGUGUCCUCGGCGUUACCGUUUUUACUACGUCGCGGGGAUAGGUUUGCAAUACAAGUGCUUAUUACGGAUGCAUGCUAUAUGAUAUCGAUCAAUGGCAAUCAUUUUGCUGAAUAUGCCCACCGCCUUCCUUUGAGUGGUGUUAAAAUUCUGGAUGUGAAAGGCGACGUGGAAGACGUGAAAAUGGAGCGUACCGUGGUUCAGGCUUACCCGCAACGCUUAAAAGAAUCAGCGGUACGGAUCAUAGAAGCUCACCUUUCUACAGAGGCGGACGAGGUUGAUGCCAAUGUCGAGGAGGUUAUUAAUAUACCUCAUGAAUGGUGCCUCAUCAGUGCACCCAGUGCAAAACUUGCAAACAAUUCAUUUAAGUGUCAUUCUACUGAUCAAGGGCUUACGCUUCCAUACUAUGGGACAUUUUUACCAAAAUCAUUGCGAGAAGGGCGGUGCUUAAGGAUUGAUGGUCGUGUUCGCCUAUUACCACAUUCAUUUUACAUAAAUUUGCAACAAGGUCAAAAUAUUUGGCCACAUCCCAUUAUUGCAUUCCAUUUGAAUCCACGCUUCUCACAAACAAGCACUGGUGCUAUAGGAAAAGCUAUCGUCUGUCGUAACGCUUGGUAUAAUGGAUCUUGGGCCGAAGAGGAACGCUCUGAACUGGACACGAAUUUUAGUCCGGGUCGUACAUUUAGCUUGGUCAUUGCUUGUUCCGCGAAUUCGUUUGAAGUCUAUGUUAACCGACAGUUCCUUACUGAAUUUAAAUAUCGAAUUCAACCAGAUAUUGUUGAUACGGUAUACAUACAGGGUGACGUAAAGCUCUGGAAUGUGACACUAGAAGUCAAUCCAUUUAUUAGGGGGAAAAAUGUGCGCAUCUAUCAUAAUCCUUUACCUUUAGAAGAGUAUUAGAUAAGACUUUAGGUCGUUCUCUUCCUGUUUUCGUGUUAUAAGCUUAAGUAUAAACCAGUUGCCUUUAAAGACAAUAAUUUGCUUUCGAUUUAAAUUUUUCUAUAUGUAUAAACAAAUGUUUGUCUAAAAGCAUCUUGCUAUAUGUUGCUAGAAACGUGGUCUAAUAGAAGGAAGCGAUCCGUCGAUCGGCAGUCAUUGCCUUCGAUUAAAAUUAUGCAUUGGUGCUUUUGUUAUAGAUUGUUGAUAUAAAUAUGUUAUAAUCUGCUUUUAGAAGUUCACGAAACAUUCAUUUAAGAAAUAAAUAAAUUUUAAGAAUGUUGGUUCUAAUUAUUAAA